AUGUCAAACAAUCCACCACCUACCUUCUACCCUCCUGGCGCUAUGCCUAUCGCGCGCCCUGUCUUGCCUCAUCCUGGCGCUCCAUCCAGCGCUCCUAGACCAUCAGCUUUGUUGUCCGACGCGUUGCACAACAAUCUUCUGCACGCACUCACAGCCCAAGGAACUCCUACAAUACAACGUCCUGCAUUCGCACCUCCUCGUCAUGCACCUAUGCCUGCCGGUUAUCCCGCCGCAAACUACGUCGAUCCAACCUUGGUCCGCAUCAAGCAUAUGACAGAGACAUUUCAUGCCGCGGCAACCAGUGAUCAAACGUUCUACAACAUUUACUGCAACGUAUGCAACGCUCAAAGCCGCCAUCUCAUGUAUCCCGACCUCGUCUUCUUCCUCCGUCUGCAUCUACAGGUUGGUUGGAUCGAUCUUCUUAUGCGCCACCACCGCCAGAACGAGAUCGAAGGCGACCUCAAUCACCUGAUCGACGAGCGCAAGGAGCUUAUCGAGUGGCUCGUGCAGCAAGACAAGACUCUCAAGCCACGCGCUGCCCAAUACCUGACUGGCCAGCUGGCUAAAUUUGAACCGCUAAACUUCGACCCUAGCCAAGUCAGACCCCUCGCUAAACUUCUCGAUCACCUAUACGUGCUCGAAAACGAUCUCUUCUUCAAACCCAAGGAGAUACCCGCACCCAACAGACAAGAAUACCGCAUAAAAGUGGUCACCUUCUUAGACUACGAAGGCGGAGAGCCUAAAGUUGUUGAGGAUGUCAACAUCUGGAAGAUGAUCGGCUGGACUGAGAUGCAGCGCAUGCUUUCCGCCCUAACCCAGAACAUCCAGGCGGCUCAAUUUGGCCAAAAUUAUGGCUGGCAAACCAGUACCUAUCACGGUCAUUGGGUGUACUGGGCCAGUGAGAGUGGAACACCAGAGGGAUGGCGCCGUGAGCUGAACGGGGAUGCUCACUUGAGGGAAAUGAAGGGUCUCUUGGAACAGGGCCAGAAAAUCUACAUCAUGCACGUGCAGAUUGGAGAGAAACUGGACCUGGCAGAUGCCCUGGGCUUGGAGCUGGACCGUCCCGGUCAGUCGUGUGCUCCCUUGCCUCCGGGCUACACCUCUGAGAUCAUGGGAGAAUAUCCCAACAAGAUGAGGUUCUCCCUCCUCAGCGGAGGCUCGGCAGGAGGCGGUCUGGCUCCCUCGAAGCAGCCCAGGAGAGGCAAGCCUUCGGUGCUGGCUCACCUGCACCAUGUCAAGCUGCGUAAGCAGAGACAGAAGAUUCAGAAGGCUAGGGCCUUCGAGAUCAGAAGCAAGAAGGACUGA